GUACGUGAUCGAUUCACAGCGGUUGAAUUUCUCGGAGAACGGUGCUGUCUCGAAGGUCGUCACAGCACCUUAGGCCUUGGUCGAUGUUUGUGGGGAAGGCUGUCAAGCGCAACCACGAUCCUCUCUCCUUCACCGAGGCUCAUCGACCUCACUCAAUAAGUCGACAUCCAAUCAGGUACAGACAUGUUCCCUUCACACCAGCCCACGAGACCGAAACUACCUACGCCACCCACCCAAAACCCACGCUUCCAACAACAAUCCCGAAGCUCGUCAUCAGAUCUCGGGACCAAACCAGAAUCAAUCGGACCUCGCAACCAACUUGAAGCCAUGCCGCCAUCUAAAGUUCCGGCACCAAUCGCACAAGUGCCGUCCGGUAGUGCAGUGUACAAUCCAGCCAUAGUGCAUCCUGUCUUCUUCUCCAGCAGCUGGCGCAAGUCGCCCUUCCCGCUCCCUACUACCGCAGCUUUUAGCCCAGCGGCCGUAGGUUACGUCUUUGGCGACCGGAGACCGCGAGGUCAGAGCAUGACGAAGCUUUGAGCGGAGUAAGAAUGAUGGUCUGGAGAAUGUACCUCUACCCAGCCAAGGGAUGAAAACCAUUGCUGCGUCAAAUUCGGAGAAGUGAAACGUAUGAAGUGCAGUCUUAAGAGUCUCCCGUUAGCCUCGG